AUGGCUGUUCUUGAGCUCAGGUUUCAAAGUUCGUUUCCAAUGUCCUCCGAUCGUUUGUCUGCAUACUCGAGUGGUGCAGUCUUGAGGAGUCCUAAGCAGAACAAGCAUUCACAAGUUGAUAUGAUUCUUAAGCCUGGCCGAACGCGGGGUUGCUUUCCUUCUGCAUGGAAAUGGAGCAACAGCAAACCCUAUACGUGGCAGGGGAAGCGUAGAAAGUCCGAGUUUAGAUGUAUUGGGUUUGGACAUUACCGCGUUUUGUUCAAUUUAAGCAAAAAGGAGUUUGAUUAUAUUCUCCUUGUCCCAGCAGACCUCCCGAACUUUCCUCAUGAGGUCGGCUAUGGUGAAACUAAAUAG